AGGUCUGCUUAAACAUUUACAACCGCACCAAGUGUUUUGAGAUAGCAGCGGCAGAGUGAGGGGAAGCAGGGACAGGGGAAAGGGGCUUUUCUAUGGCCACCUUGGAAAGCCAUGCAAGAUCCCUGGCUCAACCAGAAAGAUAAUACAUCAAAAGACAGUUCAACUAAAUAAGGGCAUAUAAGUUGUAUCUCUCGGGGGAAACAACCGUAACAAAUCUUACUCAGUCAGCACAAAGGCUGCAUUAAGUUCACGACUCUAAAAUCGACCGGGGAUCAACAGAAGUCAUCCAUGAGGGAAUAAGAAAAUGCGCGCCUAAAUCAAAUUUGCAGUGUCUCGUGCGAAGGCUACGUGAAAAAGACCGAAAAAUACAAAUAAAUUCUAAGCACAGUACCAAGGAUAUCCUACAUUGUUUUUAAUGACAGGAGCAGGUGGAUGCAGUCUGAAGGAAGAGAUUUUAUCUUGACCAAGAUUUAUUUGUUGUCAUUGAUUUGACUUUACCUUUGAACCACAUUUUUGUUUGGAGUCACAGAAGGGAAGGUAUGAGUGGAGGUCGUUUUGAAUUUGAUGAUGGCGGAGCUUAUUGUGGUGGRUGGGAAGGUGGCAAAGCCCAUGGGCAUGGGAUCUGCACCGGACCUAAAGGACAGGGCGAGUUCUCCGGCUCCUGGAAUUACGGGUUUGAAGUAGUUGGAGUGUACACCUGGCCAAGCGGAAAUACUUAUGAAGGUUUCUGGUCGCAAGGGAAGCGCCACGGUCUAGGAGUUGAGAAUAAGGGACAGUGGGUUUACAAGGGAGAAUGGACUCAUGGCUUCAAGGGGAGAUAUGGCUUGCGUCUGAGUGUGGGUAGUGGAGCAAAAUAUGAAGGAACAUGGAAUAACGGAUUACAAGAUGGAUAUGGCACAGAGACAUAUGCUGAUGGAGGCACAUUUCAGGGCCAGUUUACUGGCGGUAUGCGACACGGGUACGGAGUCCGUCAGAGCGUGCCCUACGGUAUGGCAGCGGUGGUUCGCUCCCCUCUCCGCACCUCCCUCACCUCCCUCCGCAGCGAGCACAGCAACGGCACCUUGCUCCAACAGGAUGUCCCCGCCAUCACCACCACCAACGUCGCCGGCCAGGAGACCCGGGUCACCACGCCCACCAAGCUGGGGCCCUCCCGGGGCGGCUUCGCCCUGACCCUCCAGGUGGACCCGGAUGCCGUUAAACCCAAGAAGGGCCUGUUCCGAAGGGGGUCUCUCCUGGGGAAACUGAAGAAGUCAGACUCCCGUACGUCCUUAUCCAGCGUGAGGAGCAAGUUAAGCUUCCUGGGAUCGAGGAGCGAAUCUGCGUUAAGUUCUGCUGCCAGCGAUGUGGCCAGCGAUGCCAACUCCACCAUCAGUCUGGGAGACGAGAGCCUAGCCGGGCCGGAUGAUUUCCCCCCUGUGGAGGCCGACAUCGAUGCCACCACCACAGAGGUCUACAUGGGGGAGUGGAAGAACGACAAGCGCUCGGGCUAUGGAAUAAGCGAACGGUCCAGUGGUCUGAAGUAUGAGGGUGAGUGGUUGGACAACCAGCGACACGGCUAUGGAUGCACUACCUUUGCGGAGGGGGGCAAGGAGGAGGGAAAGUAUAUGAACAAUAUACUGGUGAAGGCCAUGAAGAAGAGGGUGAUCCAACUGAAGGGCACCAAGAUCAGGCAGAAGGUGGAGCGCGGUGUGGAGGGAGCUAAGCGUGCCUCUGCCAUCGCCAAACAGAAAGCAGAGAUUGCUGCGUCCAGGACGACCCAUGCUAAGGCCAAGUCAGAUGCUGCCGAUCAGGCCUCUCAGGCUUCCAACCAGGAGUCCAGCCUCGCCAGGUUGGUGGCCAGGGAACUGUCCCCUUCCUUCUAUCAGCCAGGCCCAGAGUACAUGAAGAAGAGAGCGCUACAGGAGAUCUCAGAUGCCAAUGAGAACACAGGCCCUAUAAUGCAUGAACCACUGUUAGCAGGGCAGUCACCGACACCCGCUGAAAGCCCAAUGCUGCACGACAGGCCUGGCUCCUCUCCAGCCCGCACGCCCUCCCCCAGCCCGGCUGUGACCCCUCCGGCGUCCAGGCACUCCAAGCAGGGCAACGUCAGCAAAGAGGACCCCCAUCUCCUUGGCCCCGCUGGCUGGAACGGGGACAAAGGCAAUGGAAGUCGGGGGAGCAGCCGUCCCAAUAGCAGAACCAACAGCCGGCCCACCACUCCCGCCCCUGCCGCUGCUCCCCCUGAAGAGCGCCUCGCUACUGCCCCCAUCCCUAGCAGCCGCGCCUCCAGCCGCUUGAGCAACAAGGUAGAGCAGGGCUCGGACCUGGAGAUCAAACCCCUGGAGAAGACGGCAUCUGAGGCUAAAGUGUCCGAAGCUGCUCCCUCGAUAAGUACCAGUGUCGCCUACUCAGAAGAAGAAAAGGAAGCCCCACCCCCUCCUCCCGCCUCCAAAGUGUCUUCCAAAGCUGCCUUCACCCCCGAGCCUAAAUCGUCAGAGCCCAAACAAAGAACAGAGUCGGUCAAUGAACGACCUGUGUCCACCAUAUCUGAGAGCGAACCAGAGUCCAGUGCCCAGUCUGUCAAUAAAGUGUCUCCCAAGCCUUCGCCAUCACUCAGGCCAUUGACGAAACAGGAGGCCAAUCCAGCUUCAAAACCUGCCACACCUGCACCUACACCAGUGCCUAAAUCUGCCAAGCCAGGCCCUAAGGUUGAACCCAAAGCAGAGGCCAAGCUGAUGAAGAACAUGGUGAAGAGCCCAAGUGAAGUUACAGAAGUAGUAGAAUUUGAGCAGGGUCCGAACACCAUCAUGAUAACCAUGGUGAUUCUUCUCAACAUUGGCCUGGCCAUUCUCUUCGUACACGUCUUGUCAUGAAACUCUGUCGACCCAGGUCACCACCUUGCAGUGGUGUUGAGGUCAUUUUUAAGCAAGGACCAUACAGAACAAGAAAACUGCCAAGAAGCACAAGCCUUAUAUGAAGGAAGCAUACGACAGCUCCUCCACACACAGCCUCUUGUUGAUGUGACUGCGUUGAGGCUCUUUAAGGCUAAUCUGCUUUUCAGAGGCUUGGAAUCAGAGGAUGCUGGUGGGUGGAGCUAUAGGAGGGCGGGCUCAUUCAUGUCUGUAAUGGAGUUAAUGGAACGGUGUCAAACACAUCAACCAUAUGGAAACCACAUGUUUGAUUCUGUUCCAUUUAUUCCAUUACAAUGAGCCUAUCCUCCUAUAACUCCCCCCACCAGCCUCCUCUGCUUGGACUAUCUGGAGCCGGGUUAAAGAAAACCAUAUGAAUCCGGAUUGAAGGACAUCAAUGCAUAUGAAUCCAUUUGAAUCCUUACGGCUCAGGAUUGAAGGACAUCAAUGAAUCUGAAUAUCAGGAAGAGGGUCUGAAUGGACACUGUGUUUGUAAAGAAGAGUUGGUGAGUGCGUUUCGGUGAGUUUUGGUGUCUACCCUGGAGAUGUUGUUGAAUGUUAUUCACUGGUGAAGUUUGAGUCAACUAAAGCACUGUGUGUUAUGUUUUAACAAAGGGCUAAACCCUUCAUAUUGGCAAACACUGUCGCCUCAGAUCACCGACAGAUUAGAGUGGUUGUGGUGUGGACAGGUUAGAGUGUCAGGAAAGGAUUAGUUAGCUUUGUAAUUAGAUAUUUAUUUAGCUGAUGUCUUGUCUAUAGGAAUGUAAUCUCUGGGAAAAUCUCAAAUAAACUGAAUAUUCUCUAAUUUCUGCCUAUUUUUGCCAAUAAUAAUUAGUGGUUUGGGGCUAAUAUCAGUGUUCCUAUUUAUUGACAGAAAUCCAUGUUAUGCUCCUAUUAGUUUAUCUGCCUUCUUCCUUUGUUGCCAUAUUCUCAACUUUCUUCAGUAGUUAUCAAUAAAGACAUUUUACAGUCUCUUUGACGUCACAGGGCUUUAAGACAUGAAAUGCUGAUUCUUUAUUCGGCAACGCCUGAGAAUCAGUGAUUUUCUUAUCUGCAAUGGCAAUGCAACCCACCACAGCAAUGCAAUGUAAUGGACAGUUAUGUUUGCACAUAACCUAUUCUCUCUCCAAGGCAAUUUUGAGUGAGUCACACUGGAAUGGUAUUCAAAACAAUAUCUGUAAAAGGAGUGCUACAGUAGUACUGACAUGCAUUGUACAUUGUAUAAUUUAGUAAGAGGCUUUCAAAUGACACAGAAUCGAGGAGGAAUUCUAGGACUUUAACCAGUGUAUGUGGUAUUGGAUUUCUGGAGUAAUGCGUAUCUAUGUUGUUUUCUGAUCAAAAGAAACGUAAAGCAGCCUAUUGAAUGGUUUGAUUUGAAUAAAAACAUGACAUGAAAAUAAUGAUACAUUUGGGUGGGCGGUGGGGGGUCAGUUUUGUCAAAAACCAUUAGGGAACAUUUAACGUAGAUUUCGAGAGGGUAUUUAUUUGAACAAAUGGGCUUGCAUUGUUAGGACGUAAUUGUGAGCAGUUGUUUUGGAAUUGUUGGUCUGUCUGCUUCAGAAUAGGUCCCACAAUUUAAAAUGCAUUGCAUUCAGAACAAACAGUUUGUGCUUCAUAAUCAAUCAAGAUGAUUUUUCUCCCAACUUUUGUAUGCACGUGGGCACUGUUUGGGUGUGUUUUUGUACCUUUUUGAAGUACACAUCUCCAAUGUAGUGUAUUUAAAACAAACUCCAGGUCUUAAUUUACUAGAGAGCACUACAGUAUGAGAUUUUGCACUGUAUAAAUCCUUAUUUAUAACUUUAUUUUCCCUAUGUCCCAAACAGUUGUCUUCCCCUCAAAGACGAUUGAUAAAUAAGUGGGAAAAGAUAUUCAAGAUUAGGUACUCUUGUACAUUAUGUAAAAGAGGCCUCAGAUCUACUUCCUUACUACUCCAACUCCCCCCUAUGGACAAUGCAUGUGUAUUGUUUUUCUCAUGCUCAUAGCGAUAUGAGACUCUUUAACAGUCUCUUUACUCUCGACGUUAUUUCAUAAAACAUCGAAACUUUCUAUAACAUAUUUUCAUUGCAACAAAACACUCAAGAGACCCACAAAUCAGAAGUGACUUUGGUUUAAUCCAGGAGCUGAUUAUUUAAAACAUAAUCCUGGAUGGAUCCCAUUGUAUUCAGAAAUAUUGCUGGUCCUCUUCUAAAUUGUGAAAUGAAAAUAAAAAAUAUCUUCCAA